AUGAUUUCAUUUUUGGUGAUAUUUUUCGGGAUUUUUUGGAUUUCAAAAAUUGAAGCAACGGGUUUAAGUGAGUUUUUUGGAUGAUAUUUUCGGCUGACUAUAAAAUUUCUGGAAAAAAUGUAUUGGGACUCGUUUUUAUUGGGUUUAAAGCAAUAAAUCCCAAGCAGCCGAACCUACAGAAUCUAAUUGUCUAGAGUCCACAUCUAGAGAUCCACUCUGGCAAGCAGCCGCGUCUAGAGAGCCCCUAAAUCAAAUAGCCAAGCCUAGACAUCCUAGUCGUCAAGCAUCCGCGCCUAGAAAGUUCAAUUGUCAAGGAUCAGCGCCUAGUUCUUAAGUAGCGAUGCCUUGAAAGCUCCGAUACCAAGGAGCCGAGCCCAGAAAUCUUUGUUUUCAAGUAGCCGAGCCUAAGGAUCCACUCUGACAAGGAGUCGUGCCUUGAAAGCUGGCAAGCCUAGAAAGCCUAUUCUAGAGAGUUCAAUUGUCUAGGACCCGCGCCUUGAGAGCUGCUAUGCCAAGUAUCCGCUCCUAGAGAUAAUAAUUUCCAAAAUGUGUUUUUUUCAGCCUGUUCAAAUUCAAUAAUCCAAUACAAUCUUCCUCAAAACCUAAGCCAAUCUCAAUAUUUUCCAAUUUCUCCAAACGACACACUUUUUGCACCCAAUCAAAUUUGUCGCUUCAAAAUCAAUAUUCCAAGCGGAUAUAAUAUCGAUUUAUCAUUUUCCGCCUCAUUUCCGAAUGGUUCUUCUUCAAUUACAAUUAUCGAUUCGAUAAAUCAAACAAAAACCUAUGAGAACUCCACAGUAACCACCCAAAAUGCAUAUUUUUUGAGUCCUGGCGGAUCGAUUUAUGUGUCAACUGGAAAAACGGGCGGAACAUUUCGGAUGGAGAUCAAAUAUUAUAAAUGUGAGCUGACUCAUUCAUAAAACACACGCAUCGCAUGACCGCAACGCUUCUAACGCUUCUAAUUUUCAGUUCGCACCGCAUUCCAAUCCAACUUCUUCAUCUCCUCAAAUUCGCGAGAUCCUCUAAGUCUCCCCUCGAAUUUCUCAAAUCCCACAGUUUUUUCCAUCGAUUCUUCCGCCUCUCAAAUAUCACUUAUCACAAUUCCUCGAACCUCCGACUUAUCCAAUCUUCAAGCUACCGUAAUUUUCGAUGGUCCAAGUGUGGAUUCCAGAUAUUUGGGAAGUUUGUAUGAUCAAUAUGUGUCGAAAAAUCAAUUCAUUUCAUCGGGAAGGUAUUUGACAUUGUACACGUUGGGUAAGGCACCAAAAUUUUCAAAUUCAAAUUUUCAAAAAAAAAAAUACUCAAUAUUCUAGGGUCCGAAUCGAUUUAUAACAACAACAAUAAUGCUCAAAUCAUCCUACAAGACUCCGCAAUUACGCAACAAUUUUCAACAUUUUCCGGAAUUUCGAUGGAAAUCUCCCCAAAACUUAUCACAAUUCCACCUUUAAAAUCAUUUGGAUUUGUCACAUUUUCAGAAGAACCCGAAUUUUUGAUAAGUGCCAAUUUGAACAAUGAUUCGACUAUUGAUUGCUAUUUUGGUGCGAGUUUUGAGGAUCGAAAAAUGGCGAGUUAUGAUAAAUCGAAUUGUGGAGAUGCAUUGCCGCAAGAAUUUCGCGCGGUUUUGCGAACAUAUGUUGUAAAGAGAGAUAAUGGUGUUGAGAAUGUGACAAUGGUUUUGGGAAGAAAUCGAGAGGAUUGUGAGUUUUCAAGGGGUGGUUCCUUGCAAGAGGAAAUGUCUAGGGGCUGAUCCUUGACACGUGAUCUUUCAAGGCUCCCCUACCUACUUGCCAGAGUGAAUUUCUAAAUGUGGGUGCUAGACAAUUAGGCUCUCUAGGCGCUGACCCUUGAAAAUUGAGAUUUCUAGGUGCGGCUACUUGACAACUAGGUCUUCUAGGUACGGCUUCUUGGAAUAGCAGCUCUUAAGGGGUGGCUCCUUGUGAGAGUAAAUCUCUAGGCGCUGAUCCUUAACAAUUUAACUUUCAAGACUCGGCUGCUUGAUAACUACGAUUUCUAGGCUCGGCAUCAAAUCUAGAGUAAAAAAAAUAGCCCCUAAAUUUACAGCCGGAUUUCAAGAUGCGAAAAUCGGUCGAAAAGGUUUCAUAACAUCUCAAUUCUACAAAUCAACAAAUGCCGGAUAUUCAUCUGAUACAUUCACUUCGUCUAACUCCGAAAUGUUAGCUUUCAAUUUGAAAAUUCGUGAAAUUGACCUAACUCAAAAUAAUUCUUUGAUAAUUACAAAUGAUUUGAAAACGACGAUUUAUGAUAGAAAUAAUAAUCCAAACGGAAAAGAUUUGAUGAUUUUGGGAAAAAGUUUCAAUUUUCAAUAUCGAUCCAAUUUUAUCAAUCAGGGAAUGUUUAUUGAUUUUGAAAUAUCGAAAUCUGGAUCAAGUUUCAAAUUUCAAUUGAAUUUAUUGAUUUUUUAUGCAUUUUUUUGGAUUUUGAUUGAAUAA